AUCAUGAAUUGCAUCGAGUCAGAUGAGUGGCUUUUGAAGCCAGCUUCUUUGAAUACGUUUCUUCUCACUGCUUACGUGGAUCUGAAAAAGUACGCCUAUGAAUACUGGAAUUGUGUGCCCGCCUUGCUUUAUCCGUCCGGAAUCAAAUUAUUGGAUGAGCCGAAAAAAGUUCCGACGGAGUUGAAAGUGCUUUUAUCCGAGUGUGUCGCGUCGCGCAAUUACGAGCCGUUUUUGUUGCUCGAUGAAACCCCAACUUCGCUAUCACAUUUGCGUUCUGUGAAAUUUGAUCAGGCGAAAAAUAUCCGUCAACCGUGCAGUCGCACCCGGGAUGGCCUUUGA